AUGGAGUUGGGAUUAUUCUACAGAGCUGGUCUUGCAUACCAGCCAAUGUUUUCAUUGGGAAAUUGCUCCAACCCCAAUUCUGGUGAUGGGUUUUCUCAAGAAGCUUCCUCAUUAAAACGAUAUUCCCAAGAUCUUCACCAUGCUCAUCAUUUUCCUGGUGAUGGGUCAUCAUCAAUCAUGACAUAUGGAUUUCCAAUUCCACGGUUCGAUCAGGUGGGAACAACAGCAAGUGGGUAUUCAAAAAACUUGAGAGUAUUCGAGUCUAAGCCUUUUGUAGAAAAUGGUGGAGAUGUAGUCAUGGAGUCAUUUCAGAGUAAGAGCUUAUUGAAUUAUGAUCAGAGAACUCCAGGGAGCUACAUGGCAGAAAAAGAUAUAAGUCAUCAGCCACAAAAUCUUGGAGAAACCGAGUCGACUAAUUUGGGGUUGCCAUAUGAAGCUCCAUGCAUCGUCCCUGCUGACAAUGGAUUGCAUAGGAAAGUUGGCUUAAACAAGAGGAGAGUGUCAGUAAGAAAAACAGGCAAACUUGAUGAGAGAAACAAGGUAGUUAAAGCACAAUGGACCAAUGAAGAAGACAGAGUACUAGUCGAGUUGGUGAAGCAGUAUGGAAUGAGAAAAUGGUCUUAUAUUGCUCAACAAUUGAACGGGAGGAUAGGAAAACAGUGUCGAGAGAGAUGGUACAAUCAUCUGAGACCUGAUAUCAAGAAAGAAAUAUGGACGGAGGAAGAGGACAGAAUUCUAGUGCAAGCCCAUGCAGAAUUAGGAAACAAAUGGGCAGAAAUUGCAAAAAGAUUGCCAGGAAGGACUGAAAACUCCAUAAAAAACCAUUGGAAUGCAACCAAAAGAAAGCAAUUAUCAAAGAGACAAUAUUGCCGAGGUUCAAAAUAUGCAAAAUCAAGCUCACUCUUACAAGACUACAUUAAGAGCUUAGCUGCAGCAUCUUCGGCCGGGACGGAUUACAUACAACAAGACGAGUAUCUCACCCACUCAAACAUGCCAUCUAUUCAAACCAUGAUCACAUCAUCACCAACUGAUGAACAAGAGACCAAAGAUUAUUGUGCUGGUGAUCGGUUAGUCCCUGCAGCUUUUGAUUUAGACUUCGACAUGCCGGAUUAUUUUUCUUUUGAUGCAAAACUGCUUGAUGAUAGAUGCAGCAUUGAAUCUUUGUUUGAGGAGAUGCUCUGUGUAUCUGUUGUGGAUGAGAAAAGUUGGAAGAUGGAGAGGCCUCUGCCUCUGGACUGUGAAGCGAAGAGGGAGAUGGAUUUGGUGGAGAUGAUCACUCAAGGCAACCAUUAA